GCGUCCUGAAGUUUCUUUCCUUUUCUUCUCCUUAUGCUCCAGCCAGUUAUGACGGCCUCCCUCCUGUCAUCUACCUUCCGUCCACUCUCCUCCUCCAGCUGCGACGGCGACGGAGACAGUGACCAGCGGUAGCGUUGGUUCCCUAUCGCGGCGAGAUUUAAACGUCAGAAGCCGACGGUGGAGAACCUAUUUAUUCCCUUCUCAGCCUCAACGGCGUCCGCGACCUCCAUUUCGAGCCAUUUUCUUCCCUAAAUUCUAUUUCUCUUAGUCAGCGUAGCUGCGCAGCAUUGUUCCUCUCUCAGAAGGCUCGUUUGACAUCCUUUUGUUCUUCGGGGAAGGAGUUGAAAGGAGGAUGAUGGACGUUUAAUGGGAACCAUGAAUCAGAAAACAGCCUCCAUAGCAGUUGUGUAUGGCUGAAGCUGGGUAUUGGUAUGUUCUUGGUGCUGAUCAACAGCAACUCGGACCUUACACAGCGUCUGAACUGCAACAGCAUUUCUUAAGUGGCUACCUUCUAGAAAGUACACUUGUAUGGUCUGAAGGAAGAAGCGAGUGGCAGUCCUUAUCCUCGGUCCCUGAGUUGAUGUCAUCAAUUUCUCAGCAAGCACCCGCCAAUGGUGCCAGUAUAGGGGAGACACAGGAUGAUGUCCCAGUGGUACAAUCAGUGUUGGAGCCUCAUGGUUUUAAAGAUGUAAAUCAUGGCAACACGGAGCAGCAAGGUCCCCUUUCAACUGCAGUCCUUGCCCAUGUUGAUGAGGAUGAAUUUGAGAAAUGGAAAAGGGAGGUCACUGAGGCAGAGGCAGGACAGUUGAUAAACGGAUCUGAACCAAGCACAGUUGGGAUUGAUCAUGAUGCAGUUGUAUCAUCACCUCCAGAGGGUGAACAAGAAUUCACAGAUGAUGAUGGGACAACAUACAAGUGGGAUAGAAGUCUCAGAGUGUGGGUUCCCCAGGAGAAUAUAACAGGCAUAAGUGAGCAAUAUGAGCCGGAAGAUAUGACUUUCGCAAAGGAAGAUGAAGUCUUUCCGACUCUGAAUGUUGAUGAUGCAUUGCUAGGAGGAGAGGCCAGGGAUGUUGAUGAGACAUUGGAACCAAACCAUAAUGGAAAAAGGAAAUUGCCAGAAAAACAAACAGAUGUGAAGGAUAAGCUGUCUGACAAGAAGGAACCCAAUAAACCACCUGAUAGUUGGUUCGAAUUGAAAGUCAAUACGCAUGUUUACGUCACUGGGUUGCCUGAUGAUGUUACUGCUGAAGAAGUGGCUGAGGUAUUUACCAAGUGUGGGAUAAUCAAGGAGGACCCGGAGACAAAGAAGCCUCGUAUAAAGAUCUACUUCGAUAAAGAGACUGGAAGAGUAAAAGGAGAUGCAUUAGUCACAUACUUAAAGGAACCGUCGGUUGACCUUGCUAUUCAAAUAUUAGAUGGGACACCUUUACGUUCCACUGGCACGACCCCUAUGUCUGUCAGCAAAGCAAAGUUUCAGCAGAAGGGGGAUAAAUUUAUAUCCAAAAAGACAGAUGGAAACAAGAAGAAGAAAUUAAAGAAGGUAGAGGACAAGAUGCUUGGAUGGGGGGGACGUGAUGAUGCCAAGAUCUCCAUUCCGUCUACAGUUGUUUUGCGGUACAUGUUUGCUCCUGCUGAGAUGAGGGCUGAUGAAAAUCUGUGUUCUGAGCUAGAAGAGGAUGUUAAAGAGGAAUGCCUAAAGCUAGGUCCGAUUGAUUUUGUCAAGGUCUGUGUAAAUCACCCUCAAGGGGUUGUGUUGGUCAGAUUUAAGGAUAGGAAGGAUGCUCAAAAGUGCAUAGAAACAAUGAACGGACGAUGGUUUGGUGGUCGACAGGUACACGCAAGCGAGGACGACGGAGUGGUUAAUCAUACGACAGUACGCGAUUAUGAUGCCGAUGCCCAACGGUUGGAGCAGUUCGGUGCCGAGCUUGAAGCCGACUGAAACGAUCGCAUCUCUAAAUCAUCGAUUAACGGCAUCUGACGUGAGAGAAGUUCCUUCUUAGGCAAGGCAGCAUGGUGUAAAUCGUUGGUGUUUUGUUGAGCUUAAUGAUGUAGACGUAUAUAGUUCGUAGCCUUACUUGAAUGUUCUCUUAGUGGUCAACGUGCUCACUUUAUGAAAAGUAUUCAGGGUUGUAGAUAGGAACACCUGCUGUUGCUGAUCAAUGGUUUGGCAUUGAAACUAUCUUACAUAAUACAUAUCACCCGCACUGUCUUUUUGGCUGUACAUGAUAAUGUUUUGAAGGUCUUGCCUCUGGG